UACGUAGUUGAGAAUAUGAGUGAAAAGCGCAGCCGAUCUGUAUGGACAGAGAGAGAGAGCGAGAGAGAGUGAGCUGUGCCUAUUCCUGUGUGUGACUCUAAACGUGGUGUCCGGUGCUCCAGAGUAAAUCAUCUCUCCCGUGCAGAAGUUAUCCUGAACACGACAUCAUGACUGACAGAAAAGCCGUGAUCAAGAACGCUGACAUGACUGAGGACAUGCAGCAGGAUGCUGUGGAUUGUGCCACGCAGGCCAUGGAGAAGUACAACAUCGAGAAAGACAUUGCUGCCUACAUCAAAAAGGAAUUUGACAAGAAGUACAACCCCACGUGGCAUUGCAUCGUGGGACGAAACUUCGGCAGCUACGUGACGCACGAAACGAAGCACUUUAUCUACUUUUAUCUCGGUCAGGUCGCCAUACUGCUCUUCAAGUCGGGCUGAGAAAGGCUUUUCCGGUUUCCAUUGCACAAAUCAUGAGCUUAAGCUCCAAACCUGGACUGUGAUGCACUGAUGACUGAUGCCACAACACUCACACACAUGUACACAAGCGCACACAGACACAAACACAAACACGCGUAAACAUAACCAUACACUUGCUCACCCUGAGAAAAUGGCUAUGGAGGCUGUGCGUAAGUGCAUGGACCAUGUAUAAUAUUUAAUUUGUAUAUGUUGCUUUUCUGUAGUUGCUUUUUGAGUUCAAGCAACUUUUUUUUUUUUUUUUUUUUUUUGCUAAGUAUUUUUGCAAAGUUGAAUUAUGUUUAUUUUUUUUGCACUAAAGUUGUAUAAACCGCUUCAAUUGCUGCCUUUAAGUAAUAUUAAAGAAUACGAUAUCAUA